AUGACAAAUACAACAAGCAACGAAUUAAAACACUAUAAUGUUAAAGGAAAGAAAAAAGUAUUAGUACCAGUUAAUGCAAAGAAAACAAUUAAUAAGAAAUACUUUGGAAGGAAGGUUGCCUCAAAAAAAAAAUAUGUUGUUCAAAGAAAAUUAAGAAAAUCUAUAGAAGUAGGUAAAGUAGCUAUUAUAUUAACAGGUAAACAUAUGGGUAAGAGAUGUAUCAUAACAAAAAUUUUAAAUUCAGGAUUAUUAGCUGUAAUAGGUCCAUAUGAAGUUAAUGGUGUUCCUUUAAAAAGAGUUGAUUCAAGAUAUUUAGUUGUUACAUCUACUAAUAUUUUUAAUUUUGAAAAUAUUGCUAACCUAAAAGAUACCUUCCUUAACCAUGCUCAAGAUAUCGAUGAUGAUUCUUUUAUUAAAACAUUAGAAAUCAAAAAAAAACAAAAGAAACUCUUAAAAAAUAAAAAUGAAGCCCUAUUUAUGAAUAAUGUUAUUGACAAAAUUAAACAAAUCAGAAAAGAAGAUCCAAAAGUUAAGAAAUUAGAAAGUAUACAAAAAGAUAUUGGAAACUUAUUAAAACCAGAAAUUCUAAAAAAUAAAGUAUUUGCUCAUUACUUAAAAUCGAAAUUUACCUUAAGAAAUGAUAUGGUAUUACACAAAAUGAAGUUUUAA